CGCAGAACCAUAAAUCGGCCUUAAGAAAAGCGAGCAGCAGCAGAGACGCAGCCGCAGGCCGAGCGGACGAGCUGACACUUGCGGAGCGGGCGAGACACGGCGAGCCACACACGUGCAGACUGUUAGGCUGUCCAGUGAAGCAAUCCCGCCAUGCGUGAAUACAAGCUAGUGGUGUUAGGCUCUGGAGGUGUGGGCAAGUCCGCUCUGACAGUUCAGUUUGUGCAGGGAAUUUUUGUGGAAAAAUAUGACCCUACAAUAGAAGACUCAUACAGAAAGCAAGUGGAGGUAGACGGGCAGCAAUGUAUGCUUGAAAUUCUUGACACAGCCGGCACAGAACAGUUCACAGCAAUGAGGGACUUGUAUAUGAAGAAUGGCCAAGGUUUCGCCCUGGUAUACUCCAUCACAGCACAGUCCACCUUCAACGAUCUCCAAGACCUGAGAGAACAGAUUCUACGAGUAAAGGACACAGAGGAUGUGCCGAUGAUUCUGGUAGGGAACAAGUGCGACUUGGAAGACGAGCGUGUGGUGGGAAAGGAGCAGGGCCAGAAUCUGGCCAGACAGUGGAACAACUGUGCCUUUUUAGAGUCCUCUGCUAAGUCAAAGAUCAAUGUCCUUGAUAUCUUUUAUGACCUGGUCAGACAGAUAAAUAGGAAAACACCAGUGGAAAAGAAGAAGGCAAAAAAGAAAUCAAACUGUGUUCUGCUUUAAAGAUGCCCCCCUCCAGCCCUGCAGCAGCUCUGAGCCAGAAAUGCUGUAAUGAAGAACUGUUGCCCUGAUUGGAACGUGCCAGCAUUCCAACAGCCCUGCCCCCUCCCUCCAUCAGCCUAAAAUGGUGAAUCAGCUGACUGAACUGCUCCUAUUAAAGCCAAGGAUGUCCUACAAGAGAGAGUAAAGAGAAAGACAGUGACAGAGAGAGCGAAGACUCUGGUCUCUUGCCUCCUAGGGCCUUCCUCUAUGUCUCAGUAUCAGUGUGUGAACCCUGUACGGACAGUCUCCACUUCUGCACCAACAAACUGAUGAUGAGUAUGAUGAUGAUGAUGAUGAUGAUGUUAAAACACAACAAAGCUUCUGAAAGUUUCGAGUGUCCAUGAGCUGCCUACGUGGCCAGAGAGCAACCCCCUUCCCCCCCUGCCCUUUUUUAUUUUAAUUUUUGUUCUUUUGACAGUUUAACAAAAUAAAAAAAACUGUUUCAGAAGGAAAGCAAAGUUAGAAUUUGGGUUCAGUAUUUUUCAUCCUUUUCAAUAUCAAUAAUGUAUUUCAAAGACAUGAAAGUUGACUUCUUUAGUUGUAUGAUUAUGAAUAUUCUUCAAAAGCAUGGAAAAAAUGCAUCAUUUAAUACAUGUAGAUGUUUAAGUGAAAAGUGAGAAAUUUUUAUAGCCAUACACCUAUUCUCCAUGCCUGUCAUGUCAGUGAUAAUAGAUCAAGGUCUAUAAUAUGUAUUAUUUUUAUUAUGUAUUUUUCUUUGUUGCCCUGUUGUCCAUGGACUUCUCUUCUGCAAAUAUCUCUCUCUGAUGUGACUUAAUUUUAUACGCAGUCACCGGGAUUUCAUAGCUCCCAUAAUAUAUUCUAAUACCAUUUUUUUUGCAUAAUAAUGCUUCAGAAAAUGGGUCUUUUAUAGAAGAAAUAUGGGGAAAAAUAAGGAUUGAUUUCUAUGUCUCUUGAAGCCAAAAUAUAUUAUACUAAACCAACUCUAAUAA